UCCCUUAUAAACCCAAUCCAACUGCUCUUUCUCAUUCUCUCUCAACCUUUCUCUCUCUCUCUCUCUCUGAUAGACAGAAAAUUUUGAUAUACAAUUUUUACUUCUGAAUAUCCAUGGAGAGGAAACAAGCUGUGAAGAUUGAGGACUCGAUCCAACACUUUCCAUUUUCCGAUUACUAUCCAGCGAGUACACCAUUAUCAAGCAUGUUGGAUUUCUCAAGUGAAGCUGAAAGAAGCUCAUUCGGGUUCAUGGACUUACUGGGUAUUCAAGAUUUCUCUCCUUCCUCCAUCUUUGAUACUCCAUUUGUAGAGCAACAGAUUCAGAGUUCAUCAGCUCCUCCUCUUGCGGACUCUUCAUCGGAGGUCUUGAAUAACCAGCCCAUGACUCCCAACUCUUCAACCAUUUCAUCGGAAUCGAGUGGUGCCCCUAGUGGUGAACAGAGUAAACCAAAUGAUGAUGAUGAUGAUAAAGAAGAAAAGCACCAAAAGACCAAGAAACAGUUGAAAGCAAGGAAAAUGUGUGAGAAGAAGAAGCAGAGAGAGCCGAGAUUUGCUUUCAUGACGAAGAGCGAGGUUGAUCAUCUGGAAGAUGGGUACAGAUGGAGAAAGUAUGGCCAAAAAGCUGUCAAGAACAGCCCUUUUCCUAGAAGUUACUAUCGUUGCACCACAGCUACAUGUAAUGUGAAGAAGAGAGUGGAGAGAUGUUUCAAUGAUCCAAGCAUAGUUGUCACCACAUACGAAGGCAAACACGCCCAUCCAAGCCCCAUCAUGCUCCGCCAGACCUCCUCCGCUGCCACCGGACUCCCACCACCGCCACCGCCACCACCACCACCUUGUCCCGGCUUCUCUGCCAAUGCCGCCACUUUCGCUCCUCCACUGCAGCCGAUGCAAGUGCCAUUCUUGUCUCAUCAAUCCCAAUUCAGAAAUUUGGCUCAUCAAAUGAACUUGGGUUACUUGAAUUACAUAAAUCCCAAGUGUGAAACAGACUAUGCCCUUCUUCAAGAUAUUGUGCCAUCGCUUGUUACAAAGGAAGAGUAGACAUGAUGACAAUUUCGUCACUAAUUUUAAGGCAAUUUUUGCUGACUCUGAUGUGGUGAUACCUCUUUGUACAAGAACAACUCACUUUGAUAUGGGUUUUUGAUCAAAUGGUGGUACUGGCUUAUGAUUUUUUUUUUUUUUUUAAAUAAAGCUAUACAUACCAAUUA